AUGAGUAAUUUAAGCGUAAAGCAACGAUUAGUAAGUUCAUUUGUCGUUGCUUGGCUUUCUUAUGCAUUAACUUAUUUUCUACGAAAACCACUUGGUGUGAUUAAAUCCGAUUUAGAACAUGAUUUAUCAUUUUCAAAAUUUCAAUUGGGUUUACUUGAUACUGCAUUAUUUUUACCUUAUGCUCUUAUACAAACAUUUUUUGGUUCAAUUGGUGAUAAAUACGGUGCUCGACGAACAUUUGGUUAUUGUUUAAUCGGUGCUGGAGUAUCUAUGUUAACAUUUGGAUGGUGGAGUGCAUAUUCAACGUUUCUUGUUUUAUUAUUUUUAAAUGGUGCAUUUCAAUCAUUAUGUUGGGCUGCAGCUAAUAAAGGUCUUGGUUCAUGGGUGACAGAUAGUCAACGAAAUUUUGUAUUUGGUUUAUUUGGUACAUGUCCAUUUGUUGGUGGUGUAUUAGGAACAAUAUUAGCGACUUAUAUUCAAGGAAAAGAUGGCUGGCGACUUGUUCAUUUUCGACCGGCUCUCCUUUGUAUUGCCGCUGGUUUUUCUGUUUUAUUCAUGUUUCGUGAACCAUCCGAAUUAAGAAUGAUUGUACCAGGAAAAGAUAUUGUAAAUCAAUCGAAAGAACAACGGCGAAUGAGUGUACUUGAAGUGUGGAAAACACCAAUGGUACUGGAAAUAGCUGCGAGUGUAUUUUGUUUGAAAGUUGUUCGUUAUGCAAUUUACAUGUGGUUGCCUAUGUAUUUGGAAGAAAGUCUACAUUAUUCAAAACGUGAUGCUGGCUUGUUUUCAACAAUGUUUGAUAUUGGCGGAGUGAUUGGGAGUGCAACGAUUGGUUUUAUAUUGAAACGAUUUUUUAAUAACGAAGGAUGUUUGGGUGCUGCUGUUGAAACAUUGUUGAGUGCUGGUGCAUUAUUUAUAUUCAUGUUGCUUUCUACAUGGGGUAUAACAAUUAAUUCUGCAUUAAUGAUAUUAGCCGGUGCUUUAAAUUGUGGAGCGGACAUUAUUCUAUGCAGUUCGGUACCAACUGAAAUUGGUGAAAUGGAUGGAAGAAAUGCAGCAUCGGCCGUCAUCGGAUUUGUCAAUGCUGACUUACGAAUCAAAACGUCAUCCAUCUGA